UGAGGUUCACUGUCAAGUUUGCUGGUAUAAAAACGACCAAUGCUCCCACAAACGCUAUCAGUUCUUCAGCUGUCUUCGAUAAACACACAACUCCAACAUGAAGUUCAUCAUCCUCGCCGCUCUCGUCGCCGUCGCAGCUGCUGCUGACUACGCUCCCAAGUACGAAGCCCCCAAGUACGAGGCUCCAAAAUACGAAGCCAAAUACGAGGAAGUCACCUAUGCCCCUCAGCCAUACAGCUUCGGGUACGACGUCCAGGAUAAGGAAUCUUACAACGACUUUGAGCACAACGAGAAAUCCGACUACAACGUCGUCACCGGAUCUUACCGCGUCGCUCUCCCCGACGGCCGCACCCAGAUCGUCACCUACAAGGCCGACGCUUACGGAUACACCGCUGAUGUGAAAUACGAAGGAGAGGCCAAAUACCCUGAGGAGCCCGCAUACAAGCCCGCUUACUCUGCCCCAGCCUACUCUGCCCCAGCCUACUCUGCCCCAGCUUACCCCUCUCCCGCUUACCCCGCUCCCGCCUACCCUAAAUAUUAGAAAUCCACUGACUGAGUGACUGGAUGCAUAAUUUAUUAAUUAUUAAAAAUGGUUUGAAUGUUAAUAAUUGGUGAAGAUGUUCUGUGAUAGCGAUAUCAUUGUGUCGUCAAAAGUUAUUAAUAGCUUACUGUAAAUAAAAUCUUUACACGA